UCUUUCUCACAAGUGACACCUUGUGGCAAAACUUGAUCAAAUAACAUCCGUCGACAUGUCUACACCCGGAGAAGCCGAAACAAACACUAAAAGCAAGAAGCCCAAGUCAACCAAGUUUAAACAGCAGCAGCUUCCAGCAUGGCAGCCCAUCUUGACAGCAGGAACAGUUCUUCCUGCCUUCUUUGCCAUUGGAAUAGCAUUUAUACCAUUAGGAAUAGCACUACUAGUCACAGCCAACAAUGUAAAGGAAAUUAGCCUAGACUAUACCUAUAGGUGCACUGAUGCAUCAGGACAACAGUGUGCCAAAGUUUUAGACAAUCAGACUGGCCCUGUACUUACCCCAUGUCUGUGUAGUAUAUCUUUUGAAUUGGAGGAGGACUUUGUGGGUGAAGUGUAUAUGUAUUAUGCUUUAACCAACUUCUAUCAAAACCAUCGUCGUUAUGUGAAAUCCAGAGAUGAUAAUCAGUUACUAGGAGAAAGUGUACCCACACUUAAUGCAGAUUGCAAACCAUUCAGAUAUGAGAAUGACACUACUGACAUCCAGCAGGGUCCGUAUGCUCCCUGUGGUGCCAUUGCUAACAGUCUUUUCAGUGACAGCUUGACACUGUCAUACAAUGGGGCAGACAAUACCACCAACACACCUGUACCUUUGUUGAACACUGGCCUGGUGUGGGAGUCUGACAAGAGAGUCAAGUUUAAGAAUCCACCAGGAGCCAACCUGUCAGAAGCAUUCAAGGGUUACUUGAAGCCCCCAAAUUGGAGAAAGAAUGUGUGGGAACUCGAUCCCAAUAAUCCCGACAACAAUGGCUACCAGAAUGAGGACUUGAUUGUGUGGAUGAGGACUGCUGCUUUGCCCAACUUCCGCAAACUCUACCGCAGGAUUAGCAACUCUACUGACCCGUUCAAUGGAAAGCUGCCGAAAGGAAACUACACACUGAAUAUUGAGUACUCUUACUCAGUGACUGCUUUUGGGGGGACCAAGAGCAUGGUCCUCACCACCACCUCAUGGCUGGGAGGAAAGAACUCUUUCCUGGGCAUUGCCUACAUUGUUGUAGGGUCCCUGUGUGUGGUCCUUGGUGUGGCCUUCUUGAUCAUUCAUAUCAAGGUUGGAAAGAAGACUGCAGAUGCAAUUGAUGUUGAUAAUAGAACAACUUACUAAUUUGGUGUUGCUUUGUGCUGGAAGAAAGGUGUGACAGAUUGUAAAAUGAGAACUGUAGGUUUCAGUGUAGUUGGAAUUGAAAAGAAAAACAUCUGAAGAGUCACAGCCAGUGGAUAUGUCUGCUUUAGACAUUUAUUUUUCUCUAUUACAACAAUGCUAAUAGCAGUAUGUCUAAUUCAAAGUAUGAAUGAAUUGAAAAUUGAAUCUUUUCUUGACAUUUUUAAGACUUGUUUGCGAAAGAUCUAAAUGCAAUAUACAUAUAUGUUCACACAACCAUGAGAUAUUACAGAUUUUAGCAUGAUGUCGUACAUGUGCAGUCAUGCUGAAAUCUGGGUCUGCAGUUUAAGGAUAUUUGAGAAUCUUGUGUAACUGAUGAAAUGAUUGUGGCUAUCGAUUUGUUGCAUCCAAAUAAGGGAAUUACAAAUGGAGACUGGAUUAUAUUCCACCUGGAAAUUUCAAAAAGAAUUGUUAUAACAUCUCACAUUUCUGUUUUUCUUUGAUAUCUUUAAAACCCUUUUUUCUGUAUAUAUUAUUAAGCUGUUGUAGAUAUCAUUUACAAUAAGCAUUUCAUUAUUUUACAAAAUUAUGUGCACAAAGAUGUCAUAUGUUUUAGUUUCAUUUGUACAUAAACAUUGCUAAUUAGGUAAAUUAUGUGCAAUAUUCAUAUUUUAAUGUGUACAUGUAUAUUCUCUUGUCAUUAAAUUUGUUGAUGUUGAUGGAAUUUCUGACAUUCUUCAUGUUUUACUGACUGUAUGAUAGCAUAAUCCAUUUGAAAAUUAUCGUGACCCUGUGAAUUUUUUCAAGAAAUGAUUUCCUUUUUAUUGGAUUAUUUUAUGUCACCUUCAUAUGUCUGAUUGAGUUUGAUUACCUGGGUGUUUUGUAUGUUAAAUCAAUACAAAAUCAUUGUAAAAGAAAUCGAUCUUAGGAAUCAAUAUGUAAAUGCACUCUGAUUUUGUUUCAUGUGUAUAGGUAUACUUCUUCAAAAACUACAGGAAUCAAGACUUUCACCUAUUUAUGACAUGACAUUUAAUGACCAAAAAGGUGAUUUUAGGAUAUGACACAAGAUACCCACUCUGUAGUUGUUUUCAUUCUGUAAUCAAGAUUGUGUUUGGUGAAUGUACUUCAUGGUUGUAACUAGAAAUGGUUUUGAUAGAAAAUGACUUGCUCAUUUCAAUAAACAAGACAACGGUUUUUCAGUUAUUUAUUUACUCUUCCAAGUUAACUGUUUUAUUAUAUUUGCAGUCAUGUUAUAUUUAUAUCCAAGACUGUACAACAGUGGGCAGUUAAGCAGAGGAGGGAAGAAGUCCACUUGGACAAAUGUCUCCUUGCCUAUACGUUCUCAGCCAGUUUGUUUUGAAAUAAGUAUGGACUUGAUUCUGAUUCUGAAAACAUUAUUUACUCAUUUAUUUAUAUAUUUAUUAUUGCUAAAUGUUUUCUUUUAGAUUAUGUUAUUUUAUACCAUAACCAUUUCAGUCGUUUUAUAAUGUCUUUAAUGAAUAAACGGUAUUUCAUCAGUGUG